AUGACCGCGCACCCAGACCUCGACUCCAUCUUCCUCAACUCGGGCAUCCAGCGCGGCUUCGACUUCUCCAAGCCCGAGACCGUGGAUUUGGAUGUGCUAGAAAUGGAGUUUAGGACGAAUUACCUAUCCUACAUGCACCUCACCACAGCAUUCACUCCCUUCCUGCAGAAACAAGACAACGAAACCUCACUCAUCUACACAACCUCCGGCCUCGCCCUGAUGCCCCUCCCCCGCUGCCCAAACUACUGCGCUUCCAAAGCGGCACUACACCACAUGAUCCUCGUCCUGCGACACCAGCUAGGCAACGGACCGGGCAACAUCAAGGUCAUUGAGAUCUUCCCGCCUGCGGUACAAACGGAGUUGCAUGAUGAGAAGCAUCAGCCUGAUAUCAAGGAUGGAGGCAAUAUUGGUAUGCCGCUAGCGGAGUUUACGGAGGAGGCGUGGAAGGGGUUGGUGGAGGGGAAGGAACAGAUUCCGGUGGGGUUUGUGGGCAAGGCGUUUGAUGCGUUUGAGAAUAAGAGGCAGGAGAUGUAUAGACAGAUUUUCUUGGAGGAGAAGUGA